GUCGUCUGCAUUGUUUAUUUACAUCACCAUUCGCAAUGUUGGAGCCGAGCAAUGUCAACUUGGACUCGAUUGAUGAGAUUUCACUACCAUGUAUUGGAAUGCGACCUGUGAAAAGGAUGAGAAUGUUGGGAUCGGAUGGCUCAGAAUCCCCAUUACUGGAUGAUCAUCAGAACUCAACCCAACACGAAGACAAGCCGAAACAACUAGUCAAAUAUGGUGAACUUGUAAUUUUAGGAUAUAAUGGAUUUCUUCCCAGUGGCUCCGGGGGGAGAAGAAGAAGCAAAUUUGUGCUGCACAAAAGAGCCACCCCCAACGGGGUCAAGAGGUCAAAACACUACGUGGUCAACACACCUCACUCAUCUCAGGCUAUCCUGGACUCCAGGCAACACUCCAUAUCAUACACGCUGUCCAGAAAUCAAGCCAUCAUCGUCGAGUACAUGCCUGAUGAGGAAACGGACAUGUUUCAGAUUGGGCGUUCGUCGGAAACACCGAUUGAUUUUGUAGUGAUGGACACGAUACCAGGAGACAAGGCAGGGGACAGCAAGGUGAUGGCCAGCACGAUAUCCCGCUUUGCCUGCCGUAUCCUGGCGGACCGCUCCAACCCCCGUGUCGCGCGGAUCUACGCUGCCGGCUUUGACUCCUCCCGUAACAUAUUUCUUGGGGAGAAGGCGACAAAGUGGGAGGAGGGGCGAGAAAUAGAUGGGCUGACAACCAACGGAGUACUGAUCAUGCAUCCCCAGGGCAAGUUCUGCGGUGGAGACUCGGAGCCAGGCAUCUGGCGCGAGGUGUCUGUGGGCGGUGGGAUCUUCACACUGAGAGAGUCACGCUCCGCUCAGGUCAAGGGAGUGGCGGUGGAGGAGGUUAGCAAUGUGCUACAAGACGGUACACUAAUAGACCUCUGUGGUGCUACACUACUGUGGAGAUCGGCUGAGGGUCUGGCUAACUCACCGACGAAAGAGUACCUGGAGAAGUUGGUGGACCAGGUGAAUGCCGGGCGCCCAGUGUGUCCGGUGGGACUCAACACGCUAGUAAUACCGCGCAAGUCCACUCUGGACAACGAGAAGCAGCAGCCGUACGUUUAUCUCAACUGUGGUCACGUGCAGGGCCAUCACGACUGGGGUCAAGAGAAGGAUAGCAACUCUCGCUGCUGCCCCAUGUGUCUCAAGGUUGGGCCAGUCGUGAAGCUAUGUAUGGGGAUAGAACCAGCAUUCUAUGUGGAUUCGGGGCCUCCAGACUUCUUUGCAUUCAACCCUUGCGGUCACAUGGCAACCGAAAAAACUGUCAAGUACUGGGAAAAGGUGCCGAUCCCGCACGGUACCAACGGCUUUGACGCCUUCUGCCCAUUCUGUGCCACACCGCUAGAAGGACAUCCGGGUUAUGUGCGACUUAUAUUUAACUAGAUUGUUAUUUAGAUUGUGGUUGUUUCCCUUUUUGUUUUUAAAGGAAUGUGUUUUAAGUACUUAAGUACCGCCCAUUGUGUGGUAUUUAAAAUUAGCAUGAAAUAAUUCAUUGUUUUAGAUAUUUUUUUACAAAAUGUUUUUAAUAUAACAAUUAAUGGCAAGAAUAACAUGGAUAAAUAAUCAUAAUGUAUAUUCAGAACUGGCUGGAAUUGUCUGGAGUUUGGUCAUUUUGUAGAAAGUCAAGUAGCUGUGAUCUGUGAUUAUUACCAAAUUUCACAUUUUUUUAAUCUCAGUAUGUCAGCCGUUUUAUCCUAAAUACGUACUGACUGUAUUUAUUUUAGUAAAAUAAUUCCUUUUUUUUAAUUAGCAUGGUUAUAUUUGGAAGCAUAAUGAGAAUUUUUAAACCCGUUAAUUAUAAUUUAAUUUUGUAUUUAUUGUAGUAUUAGGUUAUUUGUAAUUUUAUAUUUAUGUAUGUAUGUUAGUGUUAUGAACUUGAUUGUGUAUGUGAUCUCUUUUGUUAGUGUCCAUUUGUAGAGUUAUGUAGUUGUGCUUGUCUAUGAUUUCACUAUAGUUUAAUCAUGAUUGUUAAACCAGUUGGAGUGUUUCUGCCGUUAAUUUGACUGGCGUUAGUCAACUAAAGUUUAUCUAUAAACUAAACAAAUAUGUUAUAAAUAUUAAUUUUAUUACCAAACAACCACAAUCGAAUUCAUUAGGAAGCUUGUAUCAAAGGAAAACUGAUCAAAGCCUAAUUUUUUGUAUUUAAAAGAUUGUUGAUGUACGUGCAGUUAGCAACAUUUUAUUUUCUAAACCAAUCAAUUAUUUGCAAUAUUGAAGUCUUCAAUAAAUAAAUUACAGCAGGACAUGUGUCGUACUGAAAGUUAUGGCUCUUACAAAAUUAAAUAAAUAGGCAUUUUUUAUGUUCGUUUUACUCAAAAGAAAAGCUUAUUUACGGGUACUUAAAUUCCAUCUACAGUACUGAUUACUUCACCACUGUGAAGAUAUUUCUGCCACUAUAUUCUAUUCCAUCAUAAAGUUGACACUAAGUUUAACCUCACAACUUGUGCCUACCUGCCUACGCUCUCGUUAUGUGUUCCACAUAACUCAGUCUUUAAUAUUGAAGACAUUUUUAUUACUUUAACAAAAUGUUAUUUAUUAACUUAAAUAAAAUAAAAUGUUGUGAAAGUAAUAAAAAUGUCUUUUAAUAUUCAAACUAUAUCACUUCUAUCAAACCUAUAACACAAAAAUAACUCAGUCUUGCUAUUUGUCUUCUUCUCCAGCAGUUCAAAUUGAAAAAUGUUUACUUCUUCUAGUUUUAUCGUCAAAUUUCGAGGCAAUUAUAUAUUUGUAUCUUUCUCUGUUAAUUUGUUAGGCAGGGUUAGAAAUAAAUAAAUCCUUCUCUUAACUUAUGAUAAAUAAAAAACUUUAACUUAUUGUUAAUCAAAAUUUGUAGAAAAUGAGGUAUUAGAUUUCUCUAAGUUUGUGUUUUUUUUAUGUUAACCCUUUCCCGAAAUUGAGUUGUUAGAAGCAACAACAUUUUCAAAUGGCAACCUUCCAUCUUGUGAUUUAUCCAAAUGAAAGAAUUUUAAAACAAAAUCAAACCUUAUUUAAAAUAUAAUCUUGUCCCACAUACAAAAGGGGAUUUUUGUUUAAAUUUUCCAAUCAUAAUUAUUUGUGUUCAACUACAUUCUUAUAAAGUAGAUGAUGACACAACUCAACUUAAUUUAACCUGUAAUAUAAUGCGACUUCCCAAAGUGGUUUAAUUUUUUUUUUUUUUUUUUUUUUUUUUUUUUUUUGUAUUGGGUCAAAAUAAAAUAAUUGUGCUAAGUGGAUUUACAUUCAGUUUCUUUGCUCUUCAGAUGAAUCACAAGAUGGGGCUGUUUGCCUCCCGUCCUAUGCUGGGAAAAGGGACAAAAUAAACAAUUACUUCAAAUAAUAAACAAGAUGCCGUUAUUUAGUAUUAGUUGUAUUUGAUGAUGUAUUAGUUGUGAAACUGUCCUGCUGUGGCAACUUACUUCUUCAUUGGGAGCUACAUAAAAGAUAUCUCUACCUUCGACAAUGGGUGUCAAAGAAGUUAAAAAUACUAAUGCUUAUAAAGAAAAUUACUUCUAAAAUCUGACUUUGUCAUGUGAGUUCCGUCCAACCAAUUUUUUUUACACAAACAAAUGUCUGUGCUUAAGAAAAUAUGCUCAAGACAACUAUUUAUCCCAUAUAUCAUCUGAAGAGGUUAGUAUCUUUGUUAUUCUGAAACUAAAUUUCUUACAACUAAUGAUGAGUUGCCAAGCAUUUACAAAUCUAACUAAACAAGGCUAUCACACAUAAAAACAUAGUAUUGAUCUUAAAAAGUUUAAACCAUACCAAAUUUUGAUGAAAAGAAGAUUUCUGCACAGAACUUAAUGUGUUUUUUAAAUACAAUGUGUUCCAUAAUUGUUGAAAAUUCUACAAAUUUAAUCGGUUCGGUUGGAAAAUCUUCGUGCAAUAUGGCUUUGGUUAUGAGGUUGUAACUAAUUUGUACGUACAAGUUAGUGUGGUAAUCGUGACGUUUUUAACUUUGUUUAGGUGAUACAUGAAGCUGUUGCAAUAAAUAUAACACAAGUAUAAGUUCCUGUUGCUAGUCAUAGCUUGAUUUGUUCUUUUCUGCAAUAUAAAACAAAUCGUUGAUCGUAUAUUAUGUAAGACACAUCAACCGUAGACUGUUAAGACACAAAAGAAUGGGACUUACGGAAAAGAAUUACUAGGGUAGUAGUUAUACUUCAACAAUUGAACCCAUCCGAAGUUGUUGGUUUUGCCGAACAUAUAGCCUUUGAUCAGUUUUGCCUGGGUGAAGUGUAUGUAACUAGCCUUAGCACGGACCAGUCUAAUGUCGGGCAACCAAAAGACUGUUUCUUGUACACUUUGUACAUAGCGUCAGUAUGUGAGAGUUGUAGGCCUGUAAAUAAUACUGUAUGUGUUUACUUUCCAAACUAUUUGUAUGCCUAAGCACUCUUUCAGUUAAUCUGUCCUCUUUAUGUAAAUAAUCAUUAUUUAUAAAUUAAACUGGUUACAUUUUAGUAAUUAUAAUUUAAAGAAUUUUAAAGACGACAAAUUUUAGUCUGUAUAUUUAUUACAAGAAAUAAAUUACACUUAUGCAAUAUAGUAAACUGUU